GCGGGAGCAGUGCGGGAUGGUGUCGGUGGGGGAGCUUCGUCGGCCGGGCGGGAACCUGGCGGAGCUGCCGGAGCUGGACGAGGUGGCGCUGCUGGCCGGGCUGCAGCAGCGGUUUCUGCGGCAGCAGAUCUACACUGACAUCGGGGACAUCCUCGUCGCCAUGAACCCCUUCCAGCCCCUGUCGCUGUACGGGAGAGAGGUGUCCGAGCGGUACCAGAACUACGGGACCGGCACGCUGCCGCCCCACAUCUUCGCCGUGGCCAGCCGCGCCUACCACGCCAUGCUGGGCCGCGGGGGCGGCAGCCCGCGGGGCCAGUCUAUCGUCAUCAGUGGAGAGAGCGGCGCGGGGAAAACAGAGAGCACAAAGCUAUUGUUGCAGCACAUAAUGAACCUUAGCAAAGGCAACUUGCAGCUGGAGCAGCAGAUCCUUCAGGUAAAUCUGUUGCUUGAAGCUUUUGGCAAUGCCCAGACUGUGAUGAAUGACAACAGUAGCCGCUUUGGAAAAUACAUAGAGCUGCAUUUCCAGAAGAACACAGUGCGAGGUGCAAAGCUGAGUGAGUACCUAUUAGAGAAGUCACGGGUGGUGCAUCAGGAUACUGGGGAGAGGAAUUUCCAUAUCUUCUACUACAUGUUUGCUGGACUCUCUUCAGAGGAAAAGGAGAUGUAUGGGCUGUUGGAUCCUUCACUUUACAGGUACAUAGGUGGACAGUUUUGUACAUGGGAUGUAGCUCAGCGCUGGAAACACAAAUACCAAGAGGUGUGCAAUGCCCUUGACAGGGUGGGCUUCCAAGAACAGGAGCAAGUGGACAUGCAGGCAAUCUUGGCUGGUGUGUUGUCUCUGGGCAAUGUGACCUUUCAACCUGAGGAGAGCAAUGGGUCUGUAAAAGUGAGUGAAGCCUCACGAGGAUGGCUGAAGGCUGCAGCGGGUCAGUUUGGAGUCCAAGAAGAUGAACUGUUAAAAUGCCUUAUUUGUACGACGUCAGUGACCCGAGGUGAGCAGAUUCAGCGUUUUCACACCCAGCAGCAGGCACAAGAUGCUCGGGACUCCAUUGCAAAGGAGGCAUAUAGCCGAGUAUUUGGCUGGAUCAUUUGCAAGGUCAAUGAGCUGCUGGCUGAGAACGUGGAUCCUGAGGUGGAACUGAGGGAGAUAGGUAUCUUGGAUAUUUUUGGGUUUGAAAACUUUGCAGUGAAUAGUUUUGAACAGCUUUGCAUAAACUUGGCCAAUGAACAGCUGCAGCACUUCUUCAACCAUCACAUUUUCCAGCUGGAGCAGGCUGCCUAUAAGGAAGAAGAGCUGCCUUGGGAGAAUAUCACAUUCAGCAAUAAUGAACCUAUUCUGAAUCUGCUCCUGGCCAAGCCACUUGGACUGCUAUCUCUUCUGGAUGAACAGAGUGCAUUCCCUCAGGCAACUGAUAAGACAUUUGUGGAUAAACUAAACAACAGCUUCAAGGGGAACGUACACUUCCAGCCAAGCCGAGGCCGUGUUUUGGGCUUCAGCAUUAUUCACUAUGCUGGGAAAGUACAGUAUACUGCUGGGGGGUUUCUAGAGAAGAACAGAGACACCUUGCCAGCCAACAUCCAUGGGCUCUUCAUCAACAGUGUCACUCCCUUGGUCACUGUGCUAUUCGCAGGCAAGUCCCUCUGCUAUGAUAGGACAUCCCACAUGAAUCAAGGCCCACCCUGGCAAGAGUUAAGUGGGGAGAUGAGGCACAUAUACUAUGAACAUGUUUCACAGCUAGCAGCCCCAGGGAGACUUUGGGAAUACUGCAGCCUGGAGGGGGGCUGCUGGCAUGUACCAUGCUGCUGGAGGUGUUCAUUCCCCCCUGGGAAGCAAGGCAGGUUGUAUCCUCUUCCAGAGAAUUAGCCACUGCUCAGGUGUCUUCCUUUAGAUCAGAUAGCCCAUAUUCUCCACGGCCAGUGCAUGACUGU